CAGCUGUUCAAAAUGUUAGUAUUGUUUUGAUAUAUUUUUUGUCAACAAACGUAACUCUUUUAUAAAAGACUCAAUUAUUAUGAUUGCAAGGAUGUCAUUCGUUAAUGAUGUCUGCUAUUUAUGAAUUCGAUAAUCAACUCAUUAGUAAUUAAUUUUUAACAGAAAUUUAUUACUUAAAAUGACAUUUUAUCAACAUGGAUUUGGUUGGUUUCAUAUUUUAUCUCUUGAAUUCUUCUACAUUUACUCAGCCAGUGGUAAUAUACCAAUAGCACUGAAUAUAACUGAGGAAUGCUUUGAUGUUAUCGAAAAAGCAAAUCUUAAAUUUUUUGGGAGGAGAGCCAUUGUUGAAUGCCAAGAAGGAUACGAUCUUGAAGGACCUUCAAAUAUCGAGUGUGUAGAUGGCCAGUGGAAUCAUAAGCCUCGAUGCGUACCUAGAUGCUUAGAACCCCCUCCUUUAGGAAAUGGUACUCGAACCAUUAGUCAACCUAUAGACUUUCAGGGGCUUCAUCCUAAAGGAACACUGGCUACAUAUGUAUGUUCUGAAGGAUUUUAUUUAUAUCCUGCUAGUAGUAAAUUGAGAGUAUGCGAAGAGGGAAUUUGGACAGGAUCUGAUGCAAAAUGUUUUAAAUAUCAUAACUCAUUCACAGGCUGCAUGAGACCACAAGAAAUUAUGAACGGCUACUAUGUCUUUGAAAAACAUGGUCAACUCGAUCCAUUUGAUGUUGGACAGAGAAUACAUUAUAGCUGCCGAGAGGGAUACAUUUUAGAUGGUAGUUCAGUACAGCAAUGUCUAGAGAAUGGGGAUUGGUCUCCCAAAAUUCAACCCACUUGCUGGAAACCAACAAUUGAUCUGGACUUGUCUUGCGGGGAAACCCCAUUUGUACCCCACAGCUCCGCAACUGUUAUAAAGGGUACGAAAAACGAGUAUUCUGCUGGACCAGGAACGGUUGUUGAAAUAAGUUGUCAGUCAACUUUUCACGAAUUCGACAGGAGAGUGGUUGGUACAUGCAGGCCUUCCAGAUUGACUUGUGUUGGCGGAAGGUGGAUCGGAGAACUCCCAGUUUGUGGCCCCUCUUCAGGUUGCCCAUCACCACCUUCAGUGGAUUAUGCCUCGGUAGCCAUAAUUUCUGGCUUCAAGAAUACCAUUGGAUUUCCUCCAAAAACGCAAGUUUCUUACGAGUGCGUUUCUGACUAUAUACUUGAAGGAACUGGAGUUUUGACCUGUCUGGAAGGAGGGUGCUGGUACCCCUCCAUGCCUCCAAGCUGUAUCAGUGCUACUUAUGACACUGAAUACAACCCUUUGAAUGCUUUCCUGAUAUCUCUAGUUACCGGAACUGUAGUAUUGAGCUCGUUACUGGUUAUAUGCUUACUGGUAAUCUAUAGACGAAAGAGACAAAUACUAAGAGAAUUGACAAUUCCACCUCCAGCGCAGGGUCCAGAUAUGGGAGAUCACACUAUUCUUCUUCAUCAACCCGACAGAUUAGCGUUGAUCGCUUUUGCUGACGGGAUGCAUGGACAAAGGAAUAGCCUUCCUACUUAUGACGAAGCUGUGAGAGAUAGACCUCCUAAUUAUUCAUCUUCUGGCAGAUUGCCACCACGUCCUCAUUGGCAACAUAUUACUGGAAGACGAAAUAGAAAUUCGCCCAAUUCAGAUAUGCUACACAAUGGUAGACACGGUUCGUUCGUGUCGCAUACACCGAGUACAAGAUCUGCUGGAGACUCCAUGGGUUCUACUGAUACUGUCGCCAUUUCCGAAAAUUCAACGAAUGUGACACUGGACACAGUCUCCUCUUACAGUGGAUCACAGGCACCUUCUUGCAGAGCUCACUGUGGAAGCUUAGCUUCAUUUGAUACUUGUUCAGUGAUCAUUACAGAAGAUGUUCCUCUUCUGGAAGAGAGCGAGCUAGAAGAAAUACCAGUAUGUGAUACGAUUUCUCUGAUAGUAGAGUGUCCGACCAUUCAAGAAAACGCAUCCAUAAAAAAUUCUGGAUCUACGGCAGAGGUUUCUUAAUGCCAGACUCGAAUAUAAUCUCUCUGUUAUGUUGAUUAAGUGAUAAAAGAGGAAUAUGCUGAAGGGAUGACCAAUAUUCUUGCUUACUUGUUGAUUGUAUUAUUGUUUCAACUUAUUGGACUCUGUGUAUUAUUGAUGGUUAUAUUUUUCUAUCAUGACAAAUGCAUUUAUUUUAUGAGUGUUAUGUGAACUUGAAUAGUAUUAUGUGUUGAGAAUAAAUAUGUAUUAGAACCA